AGCAGUAUGGCUCAAGCACAUCGCAGGAGUUUUCGGCUGACCACACCCUUCGCGCUUUUCCGCCGAUGGCGGACCGCGGUGCCGCGUGCCUGCGCCAGGCUGUGCCACCGCCGCAGGAGGCUCGCCAUGGCCUUUCGCCGCCAGGCUCUGCCAGCGCCGCUGGGGGGUACGGGGGGUCGCAGCAGCAGGCCAAGCGUUUCGACUGCAGUAAGACAUCCAAAGCGAGUUUCGUGAAGCCCGUUCUGGAACGCACUAUGACGGGCAAGCAGUUCUACAGUCGGACCGAGGUAUAAGAUCCUUCGCGUUUGUUGGAUGUUCUUGUGCACCCUGGGGAGGGUGCCCUUGGAUGUUCUUUGCGUUUUGGCCGGCGGAGGGUCUCAUGUUCUUGAGGGGUGCUCUUCUGUCUUAGGUUAGACUGUGCGAGGCUUUGCGCCUGACGCGCUUGGUGAACCGCGUGACUUGGCAGAUGUCCGAAGCUGCCCAGAAGAACAUCGGGAACCAUGUCAUGGACCAGGAUGGUCUGUUCUACGUGGGCCGGUUCCUGGACACCCCCUUGGAACCCGAGUCUACCUGCAUCCAGCGCGUAAAACCGAUGGGGAACCGGGUCUGCACCAACGCGGUUUGCUUCAAGCUCCUGCCGCGGGGCCUGGAGACCGAUGCUUGGCGCAUCCUGCUGCGCGUCGCUCGUGGCAGGGGUCUUCUGCCAGACCGGGCGCGCGAGUGCUGCGGGCGCGUGCUGGCCAGUGUGGGGUCGGAGGCGCCUGCAGACCUGCUGCCUCCAUCAGACGGCCCCCAGGGCAGUCCCCCUGAGUGUCGCGCAGGGGCGCCAGCUCCCGCUGCGGCGACAGCGGGGCCUGCGGCGACGCCACCGGCGGGUCUUCCGGCGCAGGCUCACUUCGACGCGGCGGUCUCUCCUCGCGCAAGAGGCCUCGGGGCCAGGGUCUGCCAGCCAGGUGCCAGUGCCGGGCGCAGGUGCCCGCAGCCUUCGUGGCGGCGCCUGAGCAGCCGACGGAGGUCGACGCUCGGGCAUCUCUCGAGUCGCCAGCUCAACCGGCUUUUGGGCCAGGCUUUGCCUUCCCAGAGGAGGCAACGGCCGAAGUGAAGGACGAGGCCCCUGCGCAGGAGGACUCCGCCGCGGACUGCAGCGGCACAGGGGGCUCGGGGGUGGACAGACCUCCUGCCCUGACGCGUCGAUUAAGGAAUUGGCCGUUUUCGGUUCGCGAGAGGG